AUGCAGUAUAGAAGUGCUCCAUUAAAGGAUGAGGAAGAUGAAGAAGAUGUGAUAAUAGACCAAAGACAGCUCCUAGUUGAUUAUGAUCCAGAAAAUUUUGACCCCACCGAGCAUAGAGGCCCACCCACUGAUAGGGUUUUUAGGCUCGUUGAUGAAAUAUCUAGUCUCACAUUGCUUGAGGUUUCAGAGCUCUCUAAAAUGAUGAUGAAAAAGCUUGGAAUGAAAGAGAUGCCAUUUAUUGGCAUGAUGAAAGCUGGAAUGGGUCUUCCUGUUAUGCUUGAUAAGGGUUCAAGAAGUGCAGCCAAAGAGGAAGAGAAGAAGCCGGAAAAAAUUGUUUUUGAAUUGAGGCUCAAGAGCUAUGAAGCUGCCUCGAAGAUCAAGGCCAUCAAAGAAGUUAGGUCAUUUACUGAUUUGGGCCUUAAAGAAGCUAAGCAUUUGUUAAAGAAAAUCCCUUUUGUUAUCAAAAGAGGGGUUUCCAAGGAAGAGGCCGAACAAAUUGUUGAGAAAUUGAAGGUUGUUGGUGCAAAAGUUGUCACGAAAUAA